UCUUGGUGCGCAACAAAAAGAAGCAUAAACUGCACUCAUAUAAACGCAGUUGGAAUUGUUUCUCUAAGCAAACUGAAAUCGAUCGUCCCUGCGGCUUUAAAAAUAGGCAGAAGGGAUGGUGGUGACAGAAAGAGUGUUUGCAGACUUCAGGUGACCCUGGCGCCACUGAGCAAUAUCCGUUCCAAAUUCGUAUUUGAUAAUGAAAAAUGUUUUGACUCUAGUAAGCCCUCGUUUGCCCUGCUGGCUGAGUGGCUGGCCAGCCCUUUACUUAAGUGUUUGUGGAUUGUAUGUCUGCUAAGACUUUUGUGAAGCGCAAACUAAUACAUCAUGGCAAAACGUGAGGCUUUUCUACAGGCUGUGUUUAAUGGUGCCAUUGAUGAGUUCUUGCAUUUUAUCCAGCUUCAUAAGAGUGCAGCUGAUUCAUUUGAUCUGAACGAGCUGCUUCAAGAACUGUCCAGAAAACAGAAGGAAUCAUUAUGGGAGAAGCUAAAGUGUGUGUUAACAGAGAUUUUGGUAGAAGAUCCAGUAGAAGAAUGGCAGAGAGUUGGAGAAGUAUGUCAUGAUGAUGACAACAUGGAAAUGGAAAGGGCUCCUCAAAAGGAGCAAACCAUAGCUGUGAUCCAAGGUGUGACCACUGUAGUUACAGCUUCCAUAUCCAUAGUUGACGAAAAUGCAAACUUCAAAGCUGUUUUAGAAUGUGCUCUGAUAUUAAAUGGCAUUCUUUAUGCAUUACCUGACUCCGAGAAAUCCCUGUCGAGAGCUAUCCACUGCCUGUGUGAACGGUGGUGGGAGAGAGGACUUGAAGCAAAAGAACAAUUUGGGAAAGCGGCUUUCAUCAUGCUUCUGAAAAACAACCUGGAGAAGAAAACUGUUGUGGGUGCAGAUGUAAUCCGGCUCUGGCAUCUUCAUCAAGCUUUACUGUGUUUCGAUUAUGACUCGGAGGAGAGCAAUGAUGUGAAAGACUUGUUACUUCAGUGCUUUAUGAGUGUUAGCCAUAUUAAGAAAGAAGAGGGGAGAAGAUUCUUGAGUUUUCUUUUCACGUGGAAUGUGAACUUCAUUAAAAUGAUACACGGGACCAUUAAAAAUCAGUUGCUGUGCUUUCCUCGGUCCCUGAUGACGCACAUAGCAGAAAUUUAUUUCAGAGCCUGGAAGAAAGCUUCAGGGGAGAUACUGGAGGUAAUUGAACAUGGUUGCAUUCAGGAUUUCAUGCAUCAUGCAAUUCAUCUUCCCAGGAAUUCACCUCUGCAUCCUAAAGUACGAGAGUUGCUGAGCUACUUCCACAGGCAAAAUAAGUGUCGCCAGGGAGUUGAAGAGGUCCUUUAUAGACUUUAUCAGCCUAUUCUGUGGAGAGCAUUAAAGGCCAGGAACUCAGAAGUCCGAUCAAAUGCAGCAUUGCUGUUUGUUGAUGCUUUCCCCAUUCUGGAUCCACAUUUUAAUAAAGAAGAUACUGACAAUGAAAUACAAAGGCAAUUUGAUGGACUCUUUACUCUUUUAGAAGACCCACAGCCUCUAGUCCGCUCAACAGGGAUACUUGGUGUUAGUAAAAUAGCGUUCAAAUAUUGGGAGAUGAUUCCUGCAACUGUGUUGGCUGACCUCUUCAAAACUCUCACCGAAGAUCUUGCUUUUGACUCAACUUCAGCUGAUGUCCGUUGCUCUGUUUUUAAAUGCCUGCCCAUAAUUUUGGACAACGUGCUAAGCCACCCAUUAUUGGAAGAGCUCCUACCCAUCCUGAAAAACAGUCUCCAUGACAAUUCGGAGAAAGUUAGAGUGGCUUUUGUUGAUAUGUUGCUGAAAAUUAAGGCUGUCAGGGCUGCUAAGUUUUGGAAAAUCUGUCCUAUAGAGCAUCUCUUGACUCGGCUUGAGAUUGAUUCACGGCCUGUUUCACGGCGCCUAGUAAAUCUGCUGUUCAGCUCAUUUUUGCCCAUCGAUCAGCCAGAAGAAGUGUGGUGUGAACGCUGCAUUGCACUAAUCCAAAUGAAUCCAGCCGCCGCUAGAAAGUUCUAUCAGUAUGCUUACGAGUACACCACCCCAACCAACAUAGCUAAGUUGAUGCUUACCAUCCAGAGCUGCCUGAACACCUGCAUCCAGCAGAAAUUAAAGGCAACCGGUAGUGAUGUUGAAGACAGUGAGAAAGAGAACAUGAGUGUGCCAAAUGAUAUUUUGUCAGUUGAUGAUGUACCUUCCAUGGCUGGCUUACUUGAAGUUAUUGUAAUUCUCUGGAGAAGCAUUCAUAAAGCACUUGAUCACAAUGAAGGAGCCAAAAAUCAUAUUGUCAGAAAAUUUGCUUCUGUACUGCCUGAAUAUUUCAAAAUAUUUAAGGAUGAUCGUUGUGUGCCUCCAGUAAUUAUCCUGACAUCUUUUAUGCCACCUGCUGUUAUUCCUGCAUUCAGUUGUGGUGUGAUCUCUAAAUUGAGGAAUCUGGAAAAUGGUGCCAUUGAAAAUAAAUACUCUACCCUAUUAGACUGCCUGUGUCGUUGGGGAAAAGUGGGACACGUCCUUGACUUAAUCUAUGAUUGGAUAACUGCCAAGCCAAGUAUUGCAGAGGCUAACAGGACUUCUGAACGGCGAGUUCGUAUCCAAGAAAUGCAUGAGUCAAAACCAGAGUUGGCGCUUGAUUAUGUAGAGUAUUUACUGAUGCAUUCUAUGAAUCGGGAUUGUCUGCUGUCACUCUCCAAAGAGAAACUGAACCAACUUUUGAAAGUUCUUGAAGCUGCAAAGGAUGUUCUGGAUUCUUACAGCAGAGAAACACAUGUGGAGUCUCCUGGCUUUCACCAAGCUACAGCACUGAGAGCCUUUGGCCUGUAUUGCAGAUUAUGUAUUCAUCUUCAGUACAAGUUUGCCUCCGAAGGACAGGAUUAUCUGUCCGCUUUGGAAGAAACGGGGGCUUGGAUAGAAAAUAGGAUUCUCCCUGCUUUUUCAAUAGAAGAAACAGAACAGGCCAGUGAAAUGGUGCAGCUGGUUGUUCAGACGUAUCUGACAGUGUGCAAGGAUUUUAUAGCUGUAGGUCUUGGUGAUUCAGAGUUUCAAGCAAAUCUUCUGAACAUGUCAGCUGUCAUCAUACACACAGAUAGAGGCUAUGUUUUCGUUCCACUGUUACUUUGUAUCCUGAAAGAAAUGGUUGAAGCUUCUUUAGCCUGUCAUGCCGAUAGCAGUGGGCAUAUGACAGAACUUCUUGACAAUAUUCAGAAGAUGUUCCAGAAGAUUCUAGAAUGCCUGGCCCUCAGGCUCAGAAGACAACGGGAAGAAGGAAUUCAGCUAAUUCGCUCCAUUCAAGAGCCUCUUGGAGAAUUCAUACAUACGGUCCAGUGCUGUACUGUGACUUGUUCAGCAGUUCACCAUGGAGUCCUGUCUUCCCUGUUAGCAGCAGGAGUAGUUGAGAUAGGUUACACGUUACAACAAAAGGCAUCAAAUAUGGAAGAGCUAAGUUCACCUAAGACCUUUUCAGAACUUCCUCCACUUUCAAGCACAUUAAUAGCAACAGUGAAUAAGUCAGCAAAUAUGGUCAGAUCUUUUUUAAAUGAGUUGAUGGAAUCAAUUGAGUCUGAAGAAAUUGAAGGAAUUGUUAGCAUUGCAGCAACUGUGCAUAUUAUUGCUUUACUUAAAGGUAAGCAUAAAUCUUCAUGUAUAAAGGAUAUUGCAUCAGCCCUUCAAAAGAAGUUAACAGCAUGCAGUGAGAUUGCCCGGGAAGAUGUUAGCAGCACGCAAAGAACCCUGUAUCAAACUGCUCUGCAUGUUUUGGAUGAAAUUCUAAGUCCUUGACCAGAGAACUGUUUACAAGUCAAGGAAACUGCAAAGAAGAUGCAUUGGACCCUUCCAAAGAGAGCCAAACUAUUUAACUGUACAGGAUUUUGCCUUGAGUAGAAAUGGAAUGCUGCUUUGAUUUAUGUUUCCUCAUAAUGUUCUUGAGAUUUCUGGCCUCAUCUUUUCAAAGCGAAAUCAAAAUUGUACAUCGCUUUUCAUUACAAUUGUAUAGAAAUGUAUGUUUAAAAUAUGCUAAACUAUUUUUAUACGUGUAUUAAAUAUUGCAAAUAAGUA